AUGAAAAAUGAAGAGAUUGCUGCCAUGUUACAGGCCCUGGAAGCUACUUUCAAACAGCAUUCGGAGUCACAAUUGGAGAAGUUUACCACCUUGUUGGACCAACAUAUGGCGAAGACUGAGGAACGACUUUCCCAAGGAUCACCACCACCGUCGCCAGGCUUGACGGGCGAAAAUAGUGCGAUGAGGGAAUCGGGUCGCACCCCAAGUCGACGUUCACACUCUGAACCAGAAGCUUCUGACGUCAAUUCCAUUUUGAAAACACUGAGGGUCAAGGUACCCAAGUUCGAUGGGACUAAUGUGGAGGAUUGGGUAUAUAAGAUCAAUAAGUUCUUUGAUCUGCAUCGAGUGGAAAAUCACAUUCGUCUGACCAUUGUACCAUUCCAUCUGGAAGGAGUCUCUUGCACCUGGUUCCAAUGGAUGGAGAAGAGUGGGUCGUUCACUGACUGGGAAUCGUUUUUGCGUGCUCUGCAGCAACGUUUUGGGACGUCCAUAUACGAUGACCCCUUAGGCCGCAUCUCCAAACUCACGCAGAAAGGAAGAGUGUCCGAUUACAGAGCUGAAUUUGAGGCUCUCAUGCCUCGUAUCACUGGAGUGCCGGAAUCGAUGUUCCUGAAUUUCUUCAUUUGGGGUCUGAAGGUGGAGAUUCGCCGUGAGCUUCUCAUGCUUCCCCCUAAGGAUUUGGCUGAUGCAAUGGCGAAGGCGCAGUUAUUUGAAGAUCGUCAUGAUGAUUGGGUUUCUCGACCUCGAGGGGAGGUUACUAAAGCUCCGUGGUCCAACCGUACAACUACCCCACACCAGGGAAUGAACUCGGUACAGUUGCCCAAACCGGGACCGUUCGCUUCAGGUACUUCUAUAUCGGCCCCCACAGGUUCUCCCUUGCCGAUUAAAAAGCUAUCACCAACUGAGUUGAAGGAGAGACGUGAUAAGGGUCUCUGUUUUACUUGCGAUGAGAAAUUUCAUUUUGGUCAUAAGUGCAAAAAUCGAAUGCUUAUUCUGUGUGGUUAUGAUGAUGAGGAGAUGGGUACCAUGGUGGACAGUGAGUCGCAUGAAGAGGCUGAAGAGACUGAAGAAGAAGUUAGCUUGAAUUCGUUAUCCAAUUCAAUGAACCCUCGUAUUUUUCGGAUUAUGGCUACACAUGGGUCCGAAGCGGUUGAAGUGCUCAUUGAUACGGGCAGUCACAAUAACUUCAUUCAAGAGGCGUUGGUCACACAGUUGCACUUGGAGUGUGAGGAUACCAAACGAUUCAAAGUCUAUAUGGGCAAUGGGAACUUUCUGCUGUGUUCCAAGAUAUGUAAAGGGGUCGAACUCAUUUUGCAGGGCCAUAGUUUCCUUGUUGAUCUGUAUGUAUUACCCAUAUGUGGUUUGGACAUUGUUUUGGGGAUGCAGUGGCUGCAAACGUUGGGUCCGUGUAUUCAUGAUCAUAAAGCGCUCACAAUGGAAUUUACUUGGCAAGGUACGGUUAUCAAGCUGGCGGGAUCGAAGGAAUUGGCAGCUCACCAAUUAUCUUUUACUCAGUUUCAUGCGAUGCUUCAAGAAGGAGAGGUUAAGGAUAUCUAUCGCCUCUCAGCGGUUUUGGACAGGACCGAGAGUAAACAGCCGCCUUUUGACGCAUUGGCAGCUCAAUUUCCUUCUAAUGCACAGGAAGUUCUGACUGAAUUUGAGGAUAUUUUUCAGGAGCCUGAUCAACUACCGCCGCAUAGAGGGACUGACCAUCGCAUAUUUCUACAGCCGGGUUCCACACCGGUUAAUGUUCGCCCAUAUCGGUACCCGUAUUUUCAGAAGGAUUUGAUUGAGCAAUUGGUCAAGGAGAUGCUGGCUGUGGGUUUUAUUCGUCCAAGCACUAGCCCUUAUUCUUCACCCGUUUUGUUGGUUAAAAAGAAAGACGGUACAUGGCGCUUUUGUGUGGACUAUCGGGCUCUUAAUGGGAUCACCGUUAAAGACCGCUUUCCUAUUCCUACGAUUGAUGAAUUGGGCAGCGCUAGAGUAUUCUCUAAACUUGACUUGCGGGCGGGGUAUCAUCAAAUCCGCAUGGAUCAUAGAGACAUUCACAAAACAGCCUUCCGGACCCACGAAGGCCACUAUGAAUUUGUGGUUAUGCCGUUCGGCCCACCAAUGCUCCCUCCACUUUUCAAGCGACAAUGA